AUGGCAUCAGCCUCGAUCCCAAACACGUAUAUUGAAGAAGUAGUGCGAGGCGGGUAUGGCAAAAUAUUCGAGGGACAUACGGUCUUCCUCACCGGGGGCACCGGGUGCCUGGGAGGCUGUCUCCUCUAUAAGCUCGCCUUGCAGCUACCUACACGCAAAGUAUAUGUGCUGGUGCGCGGCAGCUCCCAACGAGCUCUGGAUAAGUUGAAACAGACCAUGCCGAAUCAUGCGCAAGCCAUUGUAUCCACAGGGAAGGUCGAGUUCGUGGUGGGAGACAUCAAGGAGCUCAACUUCGGAAUCGACUCCUCCAUGCUUAAAAAAAUGCAAGAGCAAGUCACGCUGGUGAUUCAUACAGCGGCUAAGAUCAAGCUCGAAGGUCCCAUCCGCGAUGCAGUGGAGAUCAAUUGCCUGCCUGCGCUGGAAAUGGCCCGGAUUGCCUCCCAGUUCCGACGACUCAAGCUACUCGUUCAGCUCUCGACUUCCUACACCAACAGUCAUCUGCCAGACGGCCCAGUGCUAGAACGUAUAUAUCAACUGGGGGGUGAACAGGACCCGGAGGUAGAACUAGCGUCGAUGCUGGCACUGAACGAGUCGCCACAUCGAGCCAAGUUCUCAUCCAGCUAUACCCAAGCAAAGCAUCUGAUGGAGCGUCUCCUGCUAGCCCGCUUCCCACUUCUUCCUAUCCUGCUAUUGCGACCAACAAUCUUCGGGCCUGCAUUCAAACACCCCUUCCCGUUAUACGGGUCUGAGGACUCCACCCCGCUGACGAAGUUCACUCGACUCUGGUUCUCCGAUCGGGGCGCCACUCAAGUCUGGCAUGCAACCGAGGGCUACAACACCGGGACCAACAUCCUAGACGAGAUGCCGGUGGACUUUGUCGCCAAUGCAUGCUUACUCCACGCAGCGGCACGCACGACAGGUAUCGUCCAGAUUGGAUCUCAGCUCUAUCACCCAGUCACAUUUGAUGAAGUCUUCAGACUGGGCCUGGAGAACGCCGAGCCAGAGCUCCAGCGAGAGUUCCCGAAGAUUGUUUUCACGAAAGACCGGAGCACGCCGCAAUGUUUCCUUGCUGAGUUGAUUCAGGUCGGGACGCGUAACUGGUUGUUUGACUGUGGGCGGUCUUACUGGCUCAGGCAGGUUGGCGGGCCGUUGAGUAUACAGGUCUGCAAGCAUGAGGCGGAUAGGUGGAACUUGGUCAGAACGCAUGAUGUCCUUGGUACUGUUAAGGAGAGAGCCCGUAUCUGA